AUGACGGGUACUAACGGAGGACUACCGAGAGCUGAUUCAUCGUCCGAACCGAUCGCUCGACUCGCCCAAGCCAUCAAUGCUCUCGCCGACCGCCCUAAAAGACCCGAACUGGUCCCCUUUGCUGCGGAAAACAUUUCGCGGCUGCAAAACGCGAUUCGCGGACCCGCCUACCACUCCGUGGCGUCCUUGCUGUGGACGUCUCUUGACCCUCAGGAGAUUAUCGACGCCCUGCAGCAGACAUACGCCCGGCCGGAAAUUCUGGUGGCCCGAGAAAUCUCGGACAUACGAGGCAGUCCUAAGAUAAAAACUCCGCAGCCCGUCAACUUCCCGCGCGGCCUUCUUAAAAUCAUUGCGGUCACUAUUGAGGGCCCCGACGGCGAGUAUGAGACGACGGCACUACUGGACGAGGGCAGUACCGCGACGCUCAUCGACAGCGAAGUAGCGACUCGUAUCGGUGCUGUUCCCAUCCGACAGGAGCGGGUCAGGUUAGAGGGGGUUGGCGAUAUGUCGAAGGUCGUGGACGUAAGUUAUGUCAACUUCUACAUCCGUGGUCGCAAUAAAACCGAACGACACCUUGUCGAAAACGCAAGGGCCAUUAAGCCCCUUAAUUUACGGGUGCGUAACGAUAAAGUGAACGUGGUAAAUUACGACCACUUGGCGGCUUUGUCCACCGACCUGACGACAAGCAGCGACCCCCCUUCCAUACUUAUCGGUGCCCCUGACUGGCAUUUGACAGUCAGCCGUGAGGUGCGUUGUGGACGGAAAAAUGAACCUGUCGCCUCGAGAACCCUCUUAGGGUGGGUACUCCACGGUGCCUCGUCUAACUCUUCCAAGCCAAUGCAAUUCGUGAACCAGCUCAACGUUCACCAGCACUGCGACGAGUUGGACGCCUUGAUUAAAAGUCAAUACGAUAUUGACUCUUUAGGCAUUACAAAAAGCCUACCUCGCCAGAGCGUCGACGAUGCACGCGCCGUCAGUAUCAUUGACGAGUCGGCUCGACGACUGGCGGAUGGCAGGUUUGAAGUCGCUUUACCCUGGAAGGAGCACUUACCAAACGUUGUACCCGAUAGUUACCCACAAGCGUUGUCCCGCCUUAAGGCUCUUGAAAGGCAAAUGUCAAAGGACCCAAAGUUUGAAGUAGCGUUUAGAAAAUUUAUUACGGAUAUUCUAUCUAAAGGAUAUGCCGAGGAAUGCGAACCUAGUACCUACCACGGAAGCGACCAGCAUCGUAGUCGCGUCCGCUGGUACCUACCUAUAUUUGGUGUCUUCCAUCCGCAGAAAAAGAAGCUGAGAGCCGUUCACGAUGCUGCCGCUACGACACGAGGUGUCAGUUUGAACAGCAUGUUGUUACAGGGCCCGGACCUCCUGCGAUCUUUGAUAGAUAUACUAUUCAGGUUUAGAGAAGGGCCCGUAGCUUUAAAUGCGGAUAUAAAGGAGAUGUUUCCCCAGAUUAAAAUAAGUCCUAAAGAUAGGGACGCUCAGCGCUUUCUCUGGCGGUCAAACGGAGUGGUACGCGAGUAUCGUAUGUCGUCGAUGAUCUUUGGCGCCGUUUGUAGCCCUUUUAUAGCGCUCCACCUUAAAGAUAAAAACGCUAAAGAAUUUCAAUCGACUCACCCAGAAGCCUGCAGCGCCAUCUUAAACGAUCACUACAUGGACGACUACCUAUCUAGCCAUUUUAACAUCGCUGACGCAGCACGAAUAGCUUCGGAGAUAGUCAUGGUUCACAAAAAUUGCCAAUUCGAAAUGCGAUCCUGGAUCUCCAACGUACCAGACGCAUUAUCUAAAAUUCCAAAAGAACUCCGAAGCGAUUGUGAUGACGUCUACUUACCCUCUAACAAGGAAGUAGGCGUUCUUGGCGUCAAAUGGAAUCCCGCCCGAGACACUCUCACCUUUCGGGCGACCACUGAAACGACUGACGAAGCCAUUACCAAACGAAUUGUUCUCUCAAAUGUGAUGAAGCUGUACGACCCUUUAGGUCUUCUCAUGCCCAUCACAAUUUGGGGACGCAUUCUUAUACAAAAAUUAUGGCGCGAAGGCGUCGGUUGGGAUACGCUACUGCCAAGUAAGUACGUAGAAGAAUAUAAAGCAUGGUGUAAACUCCUAAGGGAAGCCUCCUCUAUAGAGGUGCCACGAUGCUACCUUCUCAACCUGGAGCGGAGUGACAUUCAACUUCAUGUCAUUUCGGACGGUGGAGAACAAGCAUACGCCUGUGUCGCCUUCUGGCGCGUGAUGUACACAGAUGGCACCGUGUCUGUAGCCCUAAUCGGUAGUAAAGCGCGAGUGGCGCCACUGAAGCCGUUAUCGAUACCCCGAUUAGAGCUACAAGCAGCGCUAAUUGCAUCACGUUUCUCGCAAACAAUUAAAAGUGCCCACCGUCUAAAACCGUCGCGGACAAUAUUUUGGACGGAUUCCACUACAGUUUUGAAGUGGAUUAGGAGUGACGCGCGUAAUUUUAAGCCCUUCGUAGCGCAUAGGUUGGGAGAGAUAGCGGAACUCUCCAACCCGUCUGAUUGGAGAUGGCUCCCUACCUCUCUCAACGUGGCUGACGAUGCCACGAAGCCCAAAGUUUUGAAACUCGAGGCUAACCAUAGAUGGUUUUCUGGCCCGUCUUUCCUUUUGCAGACUGAGGACUUUUGGCCAAAGGAAACGCAAGCCAAUACCGCGAACCUUUCAGAUUCCGAAUUAAAGCCAGAAAUUGUUGGUCUUCUUACCGAAGAACCUUUUUCAAAAUUCCCAGUGCCCGAUCCGAGACGUUUUAGUAGUUGGCUGCGCCUUCUGCGAUCCACUGCACGCGUUUAUCAAUUUGCUAGAUUGUUUAUGUCCAAAAUAACUCGUUCGGCUGAUCUUAAUUCUUCAAUUUUCAUGUCCAUAGGUCCAGGGAGCACCACGUCCCUUCUUCAACUUCUAGAGUCCGACCUCGCCUGGGCGGAGAAGACAUUAUUGAGAUACUCGCAAUGGGAUUGCUUCGCCGAAGAAAUCACACACCUGCGGGCCUCGCUGCCCCUCCCCAAAGCCAGCCGAAUAGCGUCUCUCUGUGCGUUCCUGGACAAAGAUAACCUCCUGCGGGCGGACACCCGCAUCAAAUUGGCAUUAACGGCUACCGAAGACGUAAAAGCCCCAAUAAUAUUGGACGGUCGGAGCCACAUCGUGCGAUUAUUAAUAAUGGAACUCCACGUAAAGAUGGGACACGGGUUUGACGAAACUGUUCUCAACGAGCUUCGACAAAGAUUCCGAAUUAUUAACGCUAGAAAAACCAUUAAAAGCGUCUCGAGCUCUUGCGCUGGGUGUCGAAGAUUUAAGGGUCGCCCGGUCCUACCACCAACUGGAGACCUGCCCCUGGAGAGGCUGAACCACCACACAAGACCAUUCACGUUCACUGGCCUAGACUAUUUUGGUCCGUUCGCCGUAGCUGUGGGCCGUCGACAAGAAAAAAGGUACGUCGCCCUUUUCACAUGCCUAGUCACGAGGGCUAUACACCUGGAAGUGGUUACAACGUUAUCUGCCGACGCCGCAAUAUCGAGCCUAAGGCGGUUCAUCGCUCGAAGAGGAUCGCCCAAGCAGAUCCUCUCUGACAACGGAACGAAUUUUGUCGGUGCAAGCAAAGAAAUGAGAAAACUCCACGGUGGCCCCGUUAUUGACUUCGCUACGAAUGGAAGAAUACGAUGGCGCUUCAUCCCCCCGGCCGCGCCUUUUAUGGGGGGGGCCUGGGAACGGUUAGUGCGCACCGUGAAGAACGCGCUCAAGACAACUCUCAAAAACAGGUCCCUCCCCAAAGAGGACACAUUCAGAACAUUGCUCUUAGAGGCUGAGGCAAUCGUCAACUCCCGGCCACUGACGUACGUCCCCACGGCGACCGACGCUCCGGAAGCGAUAACACCAUUCCACUUUCUAAUAGGCACGUCAUCGGUGGUUCCUUGGACUAACGACCUGACAGAUGGGGAGUUUUCACAACGCCAGGAGUGGCGGAAGGCACUUCGGCUGGCGGACCACUUCUGGGCUCGAUGGCUGCGGGAGUACCUGCCAACGCUGAGAGAGAAACUGAAGGAGUCCCAACCGUAUCAAGACAUAAAGGAGGGGGACGUGGUGCUGAUCGUGGACCCUACCCUUCCGCGCGGCUUGUGGCCGCUAGCUAGGGUCUCGAGGACGUACCCCGGUCAGGACGGUCGAGUCCGCGUAGCGGACCUCCUCACAAAGGGAGGUACGCUGCGCCGACCGGCUAGAAAAUUAAUUGUACUGGAGGCCCAGCCAGUCGCCACCGAGUUUUAG